AUGUCAAAACAACCAGCUAAUAACGACAUUGAGAUGGGUGGAGGGGCUCCAGAGAGUAAAUAUCUUGGCAAUGAAAGCAAAUCUUACAAUGAACCUGCACCAUCAAUAGGUUUCGAAUUUGUUCCCGCUGAGGACGUAGUACCAAAACCAGUACUUCUAAAUAAACUUAUAGCUGGCCUCCUUGACAAGCUUAAUGAAGCUGGCUCAUAAUACACUGGAGAUCUUAACGCCGAAGGCCUAAGACACGGUAGUGGUAAACUCGUUUACAUUGAUGGCUCAGUGUACAAUGGGGCAUUCAAAAAUGGAUAAAGAGAUGGCUACGGAGAACUCACUCUUAAGGAUGGUACUCUAUACAAGGGUCAAUGGAAAAAUGGCAAGAAACACGGAGAAGGUAAACUGAUUCAUCCAGAUGGGAACAUCAUCUAAACAGUCUGGAAUGAAGAUAAGAAAGAUGGUCAUGCCACCUUGACUACAAAAGAUGGAAAAAUUGUUGAAGCUGAAUACUUCAAUGAUCUUAUGGUUAAGAAGGAUGAUUAAAAUCCAGACUGUUGGCACCUUGCUCCACUUAAUAUUAUUUUGGGAAUAAUCGUGUGGGCUAUGGGAUACUGGACUUUUAACAACGAUUACUCCAGAAGAGCUCAUGGAUACGUUGUUGGAGUUUGGAUUUUCUUUAUUCUAUUCUAUCUUCUUGAAUGCGGUCUUUGCAAAACUAAUGGCUUCAUUAGAAAUGUUAUGAGAGCCCAUGAAGCCUAGAAAAUUCUUGACAAUUUAAAGAAUGAGGCACCUAAAGUAUCAAUGAGGCUUGAAAACUACCACUACGAAUUCGUUAGAAGAAACCAUAGAUAUGAUUACACGUAAAGAACAUCAAGCAUUCACACUAGAGAUUUCAGAUAUUCUGAAUUUAUUGACUAAUCAGCCAACCCAUCUUCUGUAUCUCACAUGAAAAAAUACAAGCUCACCAGACUCGACCUUAUCCUUGAUAUCUAGUACACCGCCUAGGCUAGUCAAUCAAAGGUUUGCCAGGAAUAUAACCUAAAGAAGGAAAAGAUAAGCGAUACUCAUCACGAUUUGACUGUUACUAGCCGUGUGGAGGGCUUUACCUCAGAAAUUUUGGUGCACAACGGUGAACUCGGUGAAAGUCUACCCUUUUACUGUAACAGCUGGGUCUACUGGAUUACCCACUUGCUUUUCAUCGGCUGGAUCGUCAGAAUUCUUUUUGUUUCCAAUUCUCAAAGAGUAAGCUACACUGUUGAAAAGGUCAUUCUCAAGUGA